AUGACAGAUGUCUUUCAUUUCGAUGGACAUUUCCCCUUCAGAGAGGGAGGAUUGAGGAGGUCUAUGUCGGCAGAUGGACGAAUAGGAAGUGCGUAUGAGGUCGGGCAAUGCUGUCAGAUCAGGUCGCCAAGACUGAAGAGGAGGUCGACUAUAGGCGGUUUUCCGAGCCGUACCACACGGCCGGCCUUAUGCAGUAGAGGCACGGGCAAUGCCGACAUACGGGACGCUCAUGCGAUGUGUUGUAAUGCAUGUCCGUGUAAACGUGGUGGUAAGCUGCCUACCUGCUGUGAGCACUGCUCGCUGGAGAGCAAGAGGCGUCCCGAAGGGCGCGACAGAGUCGAGGUGAAAGACACAGCUUGUAAUACGGACUGGGAGGGGGAGAGGGAGCUUGAUAACUCGGCGGCUAUUGUGAGGAGAAGGAAGAGGCCGCGGAACAGCAGCUCUCCUCCUGAGGGUGAUAGGGAAUCAGCUGAGGAUGUUUGUCAUCACUUCGGUCCCUGGCGAGGGGAGGUGCCUCCGAGGCCUAUCCCACCAGAGGAUGCUGCUGCACGUGAACGCAUAAGGAGGCCGGAAAGGAGAAGAGCAGGCCGAGCCCCGGGGGGCCAGGCCAGCGUGGUGCCAACGCACGAGCCUGUCCGAGUACGGCAGAGAGAUCAACAUCAGAAUUCGCAAACCACUAGUGUGGAGGGCACUUUCCAAUCGUUGCUGGACGAGGCGGAGGCAGCGGUCGUUCCCGAAGUUGUGAAUCGGCAUGAACGAAAUCACUCGCGAGGGCAUCAUCAUCAUCAACAACGUGAUCAUCGUGGAGCGCAUCGAGGCCAUAGGAAGGACCGCAGGGAGAGGGAAAUAGGUGUUCCCAGGGGAGGUGGGAGUGUUAGCUCAGUAGGAAAUGUGGAGUCCCAACCUGGCGAUGAAUACGGGGCUAGCUACAUGAAUACACUAGAUCCGGAGGCUCAAGAAGUAGAGAGGGCGGAUCGUCAUCGUCACCCUGAGGGAAGGGUCGUUCGGUCUGAUCUGCUCCGAAGUGGUCCCGUGGGAGGCCAUCGUAACUCGAGGAGAGAGUCCUCUGAAGAUCCCGACGAGACGGCUAGGCACUUGUCUUCCGAAGAUCCUUCUUUCGAUAUCACCGCUGCUGAGGAACCUGACUUUGCCGACCCUGGUAUAUGUGAUGAUGCGGUUUCUGACAUACCUGGCCCUUCGGAAACGGUAUCAUUCGGGGAUCGUCAUGGGAGGGAGGAGAGGCAUAAGAUGGUGGAUACUUCACUGCAAGUUGGGCCGGAGCUGUAUCGGCCUACUGUGGCAGCUCCGCAUCGGAAGAAGGCUCAGCAUAGGAAGAACAGAGAUCCUGAGAGCAGUGAUGGAACUCUUGAAGAAGAAUUUGAGCAGCACGAGUAUGGGAGGGGUGCUCCGAGGUCCACCCGAAGGCCCCCACUUAACAUUUUGAAGGGCGAGAGAGUCGUGUAUAAGCGGACUGAUAGUGGGAAGGAUCUCAUGAUAGGAGUUCGCUCGAGGCGUAGACAUGAUAAGAAAAACGGAGGGAGUGGUAGGAGUGAAAGUAGGAUGUCUUCUGUGGAAGUGGCAUCUCCUCGGGGGAGGAAUAGGGCCAGUCAGGAGAGCUAUGAUCCGAAUAAAUCUGUAGUACCUCCGGAAUCCACUGUGAUUGACAAGAUUUCCAGUUUGGUGUCGGAGCGAUCUCCUACUAAAGUAGAGCGUGGGAAGAAGCGUGGGAAGAAGAAGGCGACAGCACGAGCAAGGCAACCCCAGCCCAAGGCCAAGUCCCGGGCUGCCCGGAAGAAGACCGGCGUCAUUAACGCAAAGAGGGGGGCUCAGAGAGUGGCAGCAGCUAAGGCCUCAUCGAAGGGAGCGACCGAGGCUCGAGGGGCCGGCAAGAAAACACGUGCUGGAAGACCGGAGACGGUUGUGGCAGCCCAUGCUCAUCGUGAGGGCGGCCCGACGUGUGCACAGUACUCUCCGGAGGACAAGUGUUGGAAGAGUGAUGGUACGGACAAGAAGAUUCCUGCUGGUCACAAACUUGUUUCAUAUGCGAAGGACCGCACUAUGAAGAUUUUCAGCGGUGUUAAAUGUGUGGUGCCGCUAGACUCUCAACAGUUUAUGCCGGUGAUUUUCCAGCUGAAGCCGUUCCAGCAGAAGAUGCCAGAGACUGUGUCUGAGGGCAACUCGGCGAUCAUACUGGUGUUAGAAUGUGGGGAGGGUGGCGACAAGGCUGUUGAGGAGUUUCCUAUCUUGCUACACUAUGAAGAUAAAGAGCGGGCUCUUGGCACUGGUGAUUUCUUCAUCGUUCGAGCUGGCAUUACAUAUAGUAUCCAGAAUGAGCACCGGAGUAAGGAGGCUAAGAUUCUUAUGGUACUUCGACAGGACACUGUUGAGGAUUCUGGCUUGAACUCGGACCUUGAGAUCUCAUGAUGAAUCCUGCUUAUGGCGACUAUCGGUGUAUCGUUGUUAUUGGAAUUCAUUUGUCAACUUUGUAUGAUCGGUUGAAUGCAGUAGAGCAUUUUAAUAACAUACCAUGUUGUGAGAUGA